AUGGGCUCUACUGCUGUCGAAUUCAAGAACACUGCCACCUCUACUCUGUUGGAGUUGGUGAAGAACCGUCGUACCUACUAUGGUCUCAAGGCUGAGAGCUCUAUUUCCGACGACGCCAUUGAGCGUAUUGUGCAGGACUCUGUGCUCCAUGUCCCCAGCUCUUUCAACACCCAGACUUCCCGUAUUGUGUUGCUUUUGAAGGAGGAGCACAAGAAGGUGUGGGAUAUUGCCAUCCAGGCUAUGGAGGGUCUUGUUGCUGCGGGUCACGUCCCUAAGGAGCAGUUUGAGAGCAGCACCAAGCCUAAGCUGGAGUCUUUCCGUGGCGCCUACGGAACUGUUCUGUUCUUCGUCGACUACGAGACUCUCGCUCCUAUCAAGGAGAAGUUUGCCCUCUAUGCCGACAAGUUUGACCCCUUCGCCCUGGAAUCGAACGCCAUGUCCCAGUACCUCGUUUGGCUUGCCCUGGAGUCUGAAGGUUUCGGUGCCAACCUCCAGCACUACAGCCCCCUGAUCGACGAGCAGAUCGCCAAGACCUGGGGCCUGCCCGCUUCGUGGAAGCUGGAUGCCCAGCUGGUCUUCGGUACUCCCACCUCCCAGCCCGAUGAGAAGGUCUUCGAGCCCCUUGAGAACCGUUUCAAGGUCUUUGGCAAAUAG